AUGCCUCUCACCACCAUUCUCCUUUCCCUUUUCUCCUUUUUCCUUCUCCACACCCAUGUCAAUGCCAACCCAUUCCAUUCCAUUCACCACCACAACCACCCUCACUUCGCCACUCACAACUACAGAGACGCCCUCACCAAGUCCAUUCUCUUUUUCCAGGGACAGAGGUCAGGGAAACUCCCUUCUAACCAGAGAAUCUCCUGGAGAAGAGACUCUGGUCUCUCGGAUGGCUCAGCAUUGCAUGUUGAUUUGGUUGGAGGGUACUAUGAUGCUGGAGACAAUGUCAAGUUUGGUUUUCCUAUGGCUUUUACUACCACCAUGCUUUCAUGGAGUGUUAUUGAGUUUGGUGGGUUGAUGAAAAGUGAGUUGCCAAAUGCUAAAGAAGCUGUUCGUUGGGCUACUGAUUAUCUUCUUAAAGCCACUGCACAUCCAAAUAUCAUUUAUGUUCAGGUGGGAGAUGCUAAAAAGGACCAUGCUUGUUGGGAGAGACCAGAGGACAUGGACACACCAAGAAGUGUUUUUAAGGUUGAUGCAAACGCACCUGGCUCUGAGGUUGCUGCGGAAACUGCUGCAGCAUUAGCAGCGGCUUCUCUUGUUUUCAGAAGAAGUGAUCCAACAUAUGCCAAGAUUUUAGUAAGAAGGGCUAUCAGGGUUUUUCAGUUUGCUGAUAAACACAGAGGAUCUUACAGCAAUGCCUUGAAACCCUUUGUGUGUCCAUUCUAUUGUUCUUACUCAGGUUACCAGGAUGAGUUGUUGUGGGGUGCUGCAUGGCUCCACAAGGCCACUAAGAAUCCAAUGUAUCUAAAAUACAUUCAAGUUAAUGGUCAAAUCCUAGGAGCUGCAGAGUUUGACAACACAUUUGGCUGGGAUAACAAACAUGUUGGAGCAAGGAUACUUCUUUCAAAGGAAUUUCUAGUUCAAAAUGUAAAAUCCCUCCAUGACUACAAGGGUCAUUCAGACAAUUUCGUUUGUUCUUUGAUUCCGGGAGCUGGUUCCUCAUCUGCACAAUAUACCCCAGGUGGACUUUUGUUCAAGAUGAGUGAUAGUAACAUGCAGUAUGUCACAUCCACUACCUUCUUACUGGUCACAUAUGCCAAAUACUUAACCAAAUCACAUUCAGUUGUGAAUUGUGGUGGUACCAUUGUAACACCAAAGAGACUCAGAACCUUAGCCAAGAGACAGGUUGAUUAUUUGUUAGGAGAUAACCCAUUGAAGAUGUCAUAUAUGGUGGGGUAUGGACCAAGGUAUCCACAAAGGAUACACCACAGAGGAUCAUCACUUCCUUCAAUGGCUGUGCACCCGGGAAAGAUCCAGUGUUCCGCAGGGUUUGGUGUGAUGAAAUCGCACUCACCAAAUCCUAACGUUCUUGUGGGUGCUGUUGUUGGUGGACCAGAUCAGCAUGAUAGGUUUCCAGAUGAACGGUCAGAUUAUGAACAAUCAGAGCCGGCUACUUAUGUUAAUGCACCACUUGUCGGAACACUGGCUUAUCUUGCACACUCAUUUGGUCAACUUUAG